AUGUCUCAACCAGCGUCGCCUUUCCCUACGCAAUCCUCCUAUUAUUCAACUCCGACAAUGUCACACACCACUAUGAAUGCCGACACACCUCCCCCUCCACCCCCAAAACCCAGCAGCCACGAGGCAAGCCGAGGAGGCACCCCCCAGAACAUGUCCUCCCUACCAACUCCUCAACAGCCAACCUCCGGCUACCCGUCCGAGUAUCAGACCACAGGAACCCAACAGUCAUCAUAUUCUCAACAAAGCCCGCUCCCCGCGCCACCAACAAUUGAAGAGGGCUGGCUCCCUGACGUAGUCAAGGACAAGUCAACCCUCGAUCUUCAAUCCAUCCUUAAAGACCCAAGCCUCAUAUCGGCGCUCUCAAGCCACCAUCCCUCCCACACAGCGCGCCAACAAAACCUCGAGUCCCUCCUCCAAGUAAAUAAGGAGCUCGCAACGCGCGUCCUUGAGUUGCAAAAUCACGUCGCAGAGCUUCGCGCUUCCGCAGAGACCAUGCUCCUUCAACACCAGUCACUCGAAGUCUCCUGGCGCAAAAAGCAAACGGAGAUGGACGCCGCAUUGGCACCGUGGUCGCCCAAGGCACUAUAUCAAAGGUUGAGUGCCGCGAUCGCGGAGCAAGAGGCGGUCUGUCAGGCUGUAGAGGAGAGUUUCUUGGACGAGGAUCACCACGGUCGUGCUACAGAGAAGGAGAUUGCCGAUUGGGUGCGCCGAGUGAGGGCCGAAGCGUCGAAAUUGGCUUCCAGGAAAGAGGCCAAGGCGCGGUGGGAUGAGGGGAGAGUUGGGGGUUGGCGUUGA